AUGGCCUACAAUAGAUCCUACGACCCAGACUCUCUCCCGAGAUUUGCGGAGCCAAAUGAAAAACCUGGCCAGGCGCCCCCUCCUCCUCAGCAGCAGCAGCAGCACCGCCCGCAGCCACCGCCCCAGCAGCAGAAUUACUAUCAGCAACCGCCUCCUCAGCAGCGCUACAACCAAAACCCGCAGCCCCCGCCCAAAGAACAGUAUGCGCGGCCACAGGACCAGCACACGCGGCAGCAGGACCAAUACGCCCGACCCUCGCCCACGCAGAACCUGCGCCAGCCCAGCAACUACGGCCACUCGCCGCCCGCCAACGUCGCUUCCCACCGCCCGCCGCCGCCCUCUGCCGACACCAGGCCCUCCCUGACCUCCGUACCACCGCCCUCUCCUGCGCCUGGCGCAGACUCUGGCUCUGAUCCGACGCUGCGGCCCCUCUUUCGUGCCGUAGACAAGGCUGGCACGGGCCAGCUCACCGAAAAAGAGCUCUCGGUCGCGCUCGUCAACGGCGACUGGACCGCCUUUGACAUUCAGACGGUGCGCAUGAUGAUUCGCAUGUUUGACGCCGACCGCAGCGGCAGCAUCGGCUUUGACGAGUUCUGCGGCCUCUGGUCUUUUCUCGGCUCCUGGCGCACCCUCUUUGACCGCUUCGACGUCGAUCGCUCCGGCAACAUCUCCCUCUCCGAGUUUACCGACGCCCUCAUCGCCUUUCGCUAUCGCCUCUCCCCGCAGUUUGUUGAGCUGCUCUUUCGCACCUACGACAAGCGCAAUGAGGGCGUCAUGAGCUUUGAUCUGUUUGUGCAGGCGUGCAUCUCGCUCAAGCGCAUGACGGACGUAUUUAAAAAGUAUGACGACGAUAGGGAUGGGUACAUUACCCUAAGCUUCGAGGACUUCCUGAGCGAAAUCCUCAAGCAGAUGAAGUAA